AUGUGGAGAGAGCUCACCCUCUCUCCGUCUCGCUCAGGACUGCUUUCUGGAGAGCUGUCCUGCGCCGACCCCCCUUCCCCGCCGAACAAGAGCUUCAUUACGGAGGCGUGGAAUGUCUCGGGCGUCAACGUGGGCGUGAUGUUCCGGUGCGAGACUGGCUUCGGGUGGGCGUCCGGCAGGUGGGCGAACUUCGCUCAGUGCCUCAACAACAGCUGGGCGGAGGUGGAUGACGUCUGUUCUCCAGACGUACAGAAGGUAAAACGGCAUUGGUGUACAAUAUACACGAAACAUGACACCAAAUGUCACUGGUUCGGCUCUUGCAAGUCCAGUCCAGGCUCCCCAAUUCACCAACAUCAAGGUUUCAAAUAUAUCCUUAAAGCAGCGGACCCUCUGUGCGCCUGCCUCUUUUACCUUGAGUUUUGCUCAUCAUCAGCUUUUGCAGGCGUCUUUCCCGACGACACGCCCUGCCCGGACCCUCCGCCGAAGCCCUGCAACUCCGUGAAAAGGGAAACCUGGGAGGUGGGAGGUCUGAAGGUGGGCGUGAUGUACGAGUGCAGACCAGGCUUCGUGUGGGCGUCGGGGAAGCGAGCUCACGUCACGCAGUGUGUUGCUGGCCAAUGGACUCAGAUCCUGGACGUGUGUUUCGACAGGGCACUGGUCACCGGAACAACGCCAUGCCCAUACUCCGAACUAGAGAAUGUAGUCCUGGUACACAUCGAGGAACCAGACUGCUCAGUGGUACCACCUGUACUUGGGCAUUACGAGUGUAUUCCAGGCUACCAAUGGUUCUCUGGCGCCCACGUACACGACACGCACUGUCCUUGGGGGUCGUGGCAGCCUAUCCUGGACUACUGUACACCGGCGAAUGGGAGCUGCGCCAAAGUGCUGCGGGACUGCGCGGACAUCCUGACUCAGGGCUACGAAGAAUCCGGGACCUUCAGGAUAUAUCCUUCUGGGAACGUGGAUGACCGAUACACCCAGGUGUCCUGCCGGCUGGCCGACUCCUCGACCUUCGCCGACGGGGGAUGGACUCCAGUGGCGUUUUUUCACAGCAACUCCGCCAGACAUCCUAUAGAUCGGGAAGUUCUCGCUAAUCUUAGUCGGGGUGAAAAUAACGACACGAGAUUGUUAACGUUUCAGUUUACCUUCUUGACGGUAGACCAGUUGCUUUAUCACGCUACGUAUGGCUCUGUUAACCUCACCGUGGAUUUGGCCGUUGAGGAUGUCGGUGUCUAUCAUGGGAAUGCCGGGGAUGCCUUCCGAGAGCAUGUAAAUGACACGUUUCAGCUAGAAAUUGGUUGGUGGUCAAAGGAAGAACAGUCGGUAAAGAGCUUCCUGUCCGGCGACGGCAUGCUGCGCUGGCCGCCCCUCGAGAGCGCGGGGAAGACCGUCUUGGAGGCGACGCUGUGGAUCCGCCCACAGGACUUCGAUGAAGCCACGUCGUGCCCUCCCGCCCUGGGCGUCUCCCCCACCGACGUCCUUCACGCCCACCUGCGCAUCCCAUUGAGUCGCGCGCCGGGGACGCUCCUCGCCUUCGCGUGCGUGGGCGAGAUGAGGAAGCUGCGGCUGCGGGACGGAGGCAAGGCGGCCGAGGGUGCGGUGCGGUGCGGCUGCGACGUCAACGCGCCCUCGCCCAUGUGGGACACGGCGAUCGAGCUGCCCUGCGAAGUCGACUGUCCGGCCAAUUUCACCUUGUCUCGAGACGGCAGCAGAUGCUACAGUGCUUCCGGAGAAGGGGAUCCAAUGGGGUAUCUCGGAGCAGCACGAAGCUGCUCAGAAAUGGGCGCGUCUUUGGCCGUCUUCGCGGAGCCGGAGGAUCUCCAAGUCCUCCCGGAUGACCUCUUUUACUACACCAUUCACAGGUCAAGAAACCUCAAUGGGUGGAUGAGGCCUUCGCUGCCGUAUUAUGUGCUGUGUCCUGAAAACGGAACAUGUCAGCCGAACGGACACAAUACCUGUCUGACCGUGAACCGGAACGGCACUUAUGUAGCCCAGAGCUGUUUUUCAGAAGACCUACGUUAUGUGUGCAUGUUGCCAGCAUACUGCCCCCCUGGAUUUAGACUUUACUUAGGCCGGUGUUACAGAGUCAGCGAUAUGCUGUUCGACUCGCAUCUCGUAGCGCUGUCCUUGUGUGAAAAUUACGGAGCCGCUUUGGCCUUUCCGGAGUCGGCAGACGCACUGGAUUUUAUUGCUCGCAUGAUACUGAAGAAAAAUCUUUCACUCCCCGUCGCUGGAUUCCUCGGCUUAAACAGAGUAAACGGCAGCUGGUCCUUCCACGGUCUAUAUAACCCAGACCAAGAAGUGAGGCAACUUGCAGACGCCUCAACGGGAGUCUGGACAGCCCUGAGUGUUGAUGUUAACAGUUCUGUUUUGAUUCAGUCCAAUCUGACUGGAAGCGGUUAUCAUGCCUUUUGUCAGUACCCAGGGCCGUUGGGCUGCUGGGACGAUCCGCCCGAAGCACUGGCCAACAUGGACCGUCUUUGGACCAACAGCAGCACGGCUUUGUUUAGUUCUGCAACUUAUGUGUGUCAUCCAAACUACUUUGUCAACGGCGUUCAUGGCCUGACCCAACAAACGGCUUUCUGCUUUGGACAGCUUGGAGGCUGGCUGGGUCUUCACAAGGGAUGUCUACCGGUGGCACCCCUCAAUGCCAGCCUGCCCACCAUGCCCGCGGGUGCCAGCGUGGCCCUCGACCCAGACCGAACGUAUGAAAUCGGCUCGACUGUCGGGGUCUUUUGCGAGGAGGGCAGAAUGACCCCUCGAGGCACCGCCAACACCACUAUAACCCUGACGGUCGACGGGUGGAGCGAGCUGGACCCCAAUUUCACGUGCCUUGUGGCGUGCUCCGGCGACCCACCGGCCCCGCCCGCCGACGCGACGAGGGACUGGGGCGAGGAAGCCGUCCCUCUGGAAGGAACCGAGGUGACGUACAAUUGCAGUUCUCCCGACCAGCUUUUCGGUAACUUCAACAGUUCUGUGAGUGUGACCUGCAAGAGAGAUGGGAAUUGGUCUGCGGUUCCUCCAGAGGACUUCUUGUGCAGAACACGUAAUGCCUAUUUUAAUUUGAUUCAUUUAUUAUAUGUAUAUAUUUUUUUUUCUUUGGGGGGGGGGUCUCUUUUAUUUCAUACUGCUGCGGAUACCAUUGUUUACCUCUCGUCAUUUAAUACAAAAACAAACCUCCGAGCACGCUUUACCUCGGCCCUUCCAGCGGCGCCCCCCGAUGCCGCCCUCCCCCCCACCCCCGAGGGCGCCGUGCUGGUCGUGAACGCCUCCGACGACUCGUGGGUGGGGUCCAGCACCACCUACGAGUGCGAGGACGGGAUGACGCCUCAGGGCACCAUCAACACCACCAUCACCAUGACGGAGGAAGGGUGGAGUGAACUGGAUCCUGAGUUCGCUUGCUAUCCCGUGGAGGAGAACCCCCCGCCUACCGACCUGGUGGACAACGGACACCUCCUCUUAGAAGACCCGCCAUACUGGGUGAACCGGACGCUGGUGUUCGAAUGCGUUGGGCUCAUGACUUCGCCCACAGGAGAAACCAACACGACGGUUGUUUACACUCUGGAUGGAUGGCAGCUCACGGAUCCGGAAUUUGCUUGUUAUAAUGCAUCCGUCCUGCCCGAAAAUGCCACCCUGCUGGUCGGCGAUCCUCCUUACAGCGUGGGGGACACCGGGUCACUGGUGUGCGACGGGGACAUGGUGUCUGGGAGCGGAGAGGCAAGCACCACGGUCACCUAUACGCAGGGAGGAUGGAUCAUGGAGGAUGUUGAGUUCGACUGUUACGAGAUCAUUACAGAUGCCCCCCCGCCACCGCUGGACCCUUCGUGGACGGUUGAAGGGAACGAAAACCCCAGCCUGGCAUGGGAAGGGAAGACCCUCACCCUCCACUGCGCCCCCUAUGCAUACAACCCAAAUGGCGAAGAUUCCACUACUCUCACUUACACGCAGUCCGAGUGGGUGUUGGCUGACCCUGAUUUUGAAUGUGUUAAUGUUUCUACAGCCCUCCCAAGUGGGGCUACCUUGGUGGGCCCGCCGCCUCCUUACGAGGAAGGCCAGAUACUAAUACUGGAAUGCGCGAACUACACUCUCUCAGCCAAAGGAGAGAACAACACCCAAGUAACGUACACUGAAGCAGGGUGGAUUAAGGAAGACCCAGAUUUUGAGUGUUAUAAGAUGCUGGAAGGAGCACAGCCUCCACCUUCGGGCAAUGGCUGGAUUGUGGAAGAUGACAACCCAAAUCUCAUCUGGGAAGGGAAGACGCUCACAAUCCGCUGUGGCCCCAAUCAGUAUAAUCCAAAUGGAGAAAACUCGUCUACCAUCACUUACUCUGGGUCCGAGUGGGUUCAGGCAGAUCCACAUUUUGUGUGUGUUAAUGUCUCAGCUUCUUCAAUCUUGCCUACGGGAGCCACCCUGGUUGGAGCUGACCCACCCUACACAGAAGGCCAGACAGCGACGCUAGAAUGUGAAGAGGGAAAAUUAUCAGCCAAGGGGAAAAGCAGUACUAUUGUGACCUUCACCCAUGGGGAAUGGGUCAUGGAUGACCCUGAUUUUGACUGCUUCGAGAUGUUAGAGGAUGCUGAACUCCCAUCAGUAGAAGGCAAUUGGGAGAUUAUUGGGGAUGAUAACCCAAGCCUCAUUUGGGAGGGAAAGAAGCUAACUAUACGGUGCUCAGAAAGCAUGUACAACCCUGAAGGCGACCCCAUGUCCAGCAUUACCUACAGUGGGUCUGAAUGGGUGCAGGAUGAUCCAGAUUUUGACUGCAUCAAAAGUAAGUAUACCUUUGAAUGUAUUUUUUCUGUAGUUUACUAAAAUAGUAAGAUGUGAUAUGCAUUUGGAAAAAGACUAAAUUACAUUUUGUAAUUCUGAUUUCCAGAUAAUAAGUUGCAUGCAAAUAUGAAAUACAUGAGUUAAUUAAAUGCUAAUGAAAAAACAAACUAACAUUAAUUCAUACAUAAUCUCUAUUAUAUCUGAUCAGUAUAUAUAUAUAAACUGUUAUGUUAUUGCAAUGAUAAUUUCUCUGAAAAAAAAAAUCAGCCAUUGCCUCUUUUAUAUCUAUUAGCUGCUUUUCAUUAAAGGAAUUUAUUGAUUUUUCAUUUUCAUUACAAACACAAUGCAACUGUAUGAAUGCGUGGAUUUGGAAUGAAUGGGUGUGAUCUGCUAUGUUGGAAAAUAAACUUUCAAAUUGUGUAUGAGUGAGGACUUUUGAUUAUUUGUUUAAAUGUUCUGUUCUGUGGAUAAGUAAUUGUACAAAUAAACUAAAUAUCCAAGAUUCGUAUUUUCAUUUCAUACUUGUUAUAUUUCCAGAAUGGUCAAAGAAAAUACAAGCACACAUCAAAAUAUAUACUAUAUUUAUAAAGGUACAAAUAGAUUUGUGCUUUCAAUAUUUUGGAAGUAAAAAUGUCAUUCGUUUCUGAGAAAAUAGUAUUUGUAUAUGGUCAAGUCUUAUUCAUUUUCCUAUUUUGACCAUAUAUCAUAUAUCAAAACUAUAUUCUGAAUUUAGUUGAAUUGCAUUUCUUUCUUGGAUAUUAUUUGAAUGUUAAAAAAAUUCUUCAGAAGCUCAUGGUGUCAUGUGUAUCAGAUUAUCAAGACAACUUAGUUACUUCCUGAGACCUAAACACCUUAAUUUUGUGCUAAAAGUUCUGAACACAUUUUGUCAAUGGCAUCCAACUUAUUUUGGCCAGUAUUCAACAAAUGCAUAACCAAUUUCUAGCUGUUCUAUUUGGCUUUACCUCUGGAUAUUCUGAAAAUCUUUCAGAUUCCUUGUACUGGGUAGGUCUGUUUGCACUAGCUGUCAUCUAAACAUCUGUAUCCCUUGAAAUUUACCACAAUAAAUUAUUUAGAGAAAGGUUUAUCUUUCCUAUUGCUAAGUACCCCCACUAUUUUGUUCAAGUUUCCAAGUUUUUUUGAUGGUGAAGAAUCAAAGAAGAAAAAAUAAGGAAAAAUAAUACCUCAAACUUUUGAAAUACACAGGUGACAAAGCCUGUUGGCAUAAGCUAUAUAUGAGAGACAUUUGUCGCAUGUUAUAU